AUUGAUCCAUUUCGAACAUUGCACCGCCUACCGCCCGAGUGCCAAGGCGGGAAUCAAUUUGCUUCUGCCAGAUAACCACGUUCAGUAGCCUCAGUCAUAUCAUCGAUCAACUCAUCUAGAAGAAUCUAUGGUUCACCUUCCACCUCGGGCCUUCCUUAGGUUCACCACGUUAUGGAAAUUUCUCAAGGCGCUCUCGAAUGGAUUUCUUUCCAUCUCCCUGACCUUGUUCCGGCGCCUGUGUGGUGGUCUGUUGAACGUCCUACGUUCCUUCUUUUCCCGGAGCUCCAUACGUUCAAUUUCAAGUAUUUUCCGACCAGCUGGUAGUCUUAGCACUCAGUCAGAUAUCCCGGCGGGAUUAGCUGGGAGCAGUCUCCUAGGGGUUCCAACAGCGCCUACCAAUGCAUCUGUCAAUAUUGCAUGCAGUUCGACACCUGUUACUAUGCCUUCCUUUGUACUGCCAGUAGCGACCGGUCCUCAGUCGCAGUCACAUCAACAUGCGCCCCCAAUUAUGCCAGCUCGCCGCCGCCGUAAAGUUCCAUUUCUUGCUUCCACUGUUCAGAGAUACGGAAAGGAUAUGCAAAUCAAGUCUUCCAGCGGAAUAGAAAGUAUCCAGCCUGUCGUAAGACAGUACCCUCAACGUCAAUUGCCCAAUGGCACUGGUUGGGAAGCGCAUGUCCAUCCCGAGGGCACCCUGUAUUUCUAUCAUCCAGUGAAGAGGGUCUUCACCGAUACCAACGUCCAAGUGCAGGCAUUCCUCGACGACUUGAAUGACUGCGCAGAUGAUUUACUCGCUCUUGCCAGGAGCUGUGGUAUUGUCCUGACGAACGACAUCGAACUGACACUGCAACUCGGCAUGGAUCCGGAUACCGGAGAACGAGUUUGCAGCUACUAUUUUGCAGACCGUGCCGAGCGUACCCUCUUCUGGCUCGAUGAAUUAGGCACUGAAGAUCUUUUUGAUGGGGUUAUGGGGGUCAAGGAUCACAGUCAUAUCCGUUAUGUCAUUCAAUUCCAGUACUGGGUGCAUUGUGAGCUCUACCCUAACAACAGAGAGGUAGAAUCGCGAAAUGGACUCCUUAUGGAACUCAGAGAAAUUAUUGUGCAUGCUAGUGCAGACGUCAUCACGUCUGACAAGUCACUAUCACCUUUCGGGGGAGAGGAGCUCUCGAAAAUACUCGACCUAAUCAAUCACCUUCAAGAAACCACUUCAAGUGAAUGUCGCCCCUACUCCAUGUGUGUCAUUGCACGAUUUAUGCAAUACUUUGCCCGAGCCAAAUUUUUCAACUUCUGCGGUCAACCUUGUGCACGUUUAGAAGCUGACCAGUCAAUAUAUCGCACGAAUGAUGAGCACAUAGUGAAGUCCGUGCUGUCGUGGAUAGUGGAGCUUCUAUUCUUCGGUGCUCCCCACGCCCAGAUGACGGAACUGCAAAGAGUCUGGGUGGAUAAAAGUACAAGUUCACCUCGAUGGAAAGAUUUCAACGACAAGCUCAGCAGGGAAUGGAUUUCUAUCACAAUAUAUUCAACGGUGAUGCUAACUGUGGACCUCAGCUUUCUCACGGUGCCCAGUGUGAACGCCCAAACUUCUCAAUCUGUUGCCAUUAUUGCGGCUUAUCUGUCAACGUUCUGCGUAGUUGGAUCCUUGGUUGUGUCCAUUUUACUUGCUGGCCAGAACCGCAAAUAUGGUAACGUGUCUGCCAAUAACGCUGUCGUAUUUCUCACCAAGAUGACACAUUCAAUAUUUGGUGACAGAGCGCUUGCAAUUUUACAUAGUCUUCCGUAUGCACUGCUUAUGUGGGGGAUGGCAUGCUUCGUCGUCGCAUUUUCCUUCCUGGUGUUUAAAUCUACAUCCGUCAUACUUCUAGGAAUCGUAGGAUGUGGUUUGUUUAUUGUCAUCUCGCUCACUUUGUGGCCGAUUUGGGCUGCGAGAGAUUAUCAGGUUUUUGGUUGGCUUCGUGAACGACUGACUUGACUCGGUCCGGAUAGCCGGGCGCACAUGCUCUAACAUACCUGAUGACUUGUAGAUUACAUAUUUUCACUGUUUAUAAUAAUGGAGCAAGACUUGAAUAAAUCCUGUAUAUUGAAAGGUG